GUUUUCUAUCGCGAUAACUGCUAUUGAAAGUUAGGAAAUCUCGCGAGGGUUGCAGUGAGUGGGCCUCUCCAAGAAGGUGUGCUUCAUGGCGGUUACGGAGACUGCGAAUUUGUUGAAUUGUUAAAGCUUCCCCAUCAGUGCUCUUCCCCUUGGGGGCUUUCCUGCCUCAGUCUGGUGGACCCAGCGAUUAGCGGGUUGCGUAGGGAGGUGCAGCUCUGACGAUGGAGAAUGGACAGAGCACAGGCUCCAAGCUUGGCCUGCCGCCUCUCACCCCAGAGCAGCAGGAGGCACUUCAGAGGGCAAAGAAGUAUGCCAUGGAACAAAGCAUUAAGAGUGUGUUGGUGAAGCAGACCAUUGCCCAUCAGCAACAACAGCUCACCAACUUGCAGAUGGCAGCAGUGACAAUGGGCUUUGGAGAUCCUCUCUCACCUUUACAAUCGGUGGCAGCUCAGCGGCAACGUGCACUAGCGAUCAUGUGUCGGGUGUAUGUGGGCUCCAUAUACUAUGAGCUUGGUGAGGACACCAUCAGACAGGCCUUUGCCCCGUUCGGCCCAAUCAAGAGCAUUGACAUGUCUUGGGAUUCGGUUACAAUGAAGCACAAGGGGUUUGCCUUUGUGGAGUAUGAUGUGCCAGAGGCUGCACAGCUGGCUCUGGAGCAGAUGAACUCGGUCAUGUUGGGAGGCCGGAACAUUAAGGUUGGGCGGCCAAGUAACAUCGGUCAGGCGCAACCCAUCAUUGACCAACUGGCAGAGGAGGCGCGCGCCUUUAACCGGAUCUACGUGGCGUCUGUCCACCCUGACCUGUCAGAUGAUGACAUCAAGAGUGUGUUUGAGGCCUUUGGAAGGAUCAAGUCUUGCACGUUAGCCAGAGACCCCACCACAGGGCGACACAGAGGCUUUGGCUUCAUUGAGUAUGAAAAGCCUCAGUCAGCCCUGGAUGCUGUGUCUUCUAUGAACCUCUUUGACCUGGGGGGUCAGUACCUGCGGGUGGGCAAAGCAGUGACUCCGCCCAUGCCCUUACUGACCCCCACGACCCCAGGUGGUCUGCCGCCUGCUGCAGCUGUGGCUGCAGCGGCAGCCACCGCUAAGAUAACGGCCCAGGCAAGUAUGAAUCCCUUCCAAAGGGAUUUAAUGGCCUUCCAGGAGGCUGUAGCCGGCGCAUCAGUCUUGGGGGCGUUAGCUGCGCCCCAACUUCUCGGUCAGCAAAUGGGAAUACCUCAGGCUGUUAUGGCUGCCCAGGCACCGGGGGUCAUCACAGGUGUGACUCCGGUGCGUCCUCCCAUACCAGUGCUUCCCCAGGUUGGUCUCGUGAACCCCGUGCUCGCAUCGCCGCCAGUCCUGUCUAGUCAAGCUGGUGGCUCCAGCCAACAAGAGAAGAAGGAGGAGAAGGAGGAGAUGCUUCUGGACGGCACGGGGCAGGAGAUGCUGAGCGACCAGGAGCACAUGAGCAUCUCGGGCAGCAGCGCCAGACAUAUGGUGAUGCAGAAAUUGCUCAGAAAAUCAGAGUCCACGGUGAUGGUUCUUCGAAAUAUGGUCGGACCAGAAGACAUCGACGACGACCUAGAAGGCGAGGUGACGGAGGAGUGCGGGAAGUUUGGCUCCGUAAACAGAGUCAUCAUAUACCAGGAAAAGCAGGGAGAGGAGGAGGACGCAGAUAUCAUUGUCAAAAUCUUUGUAGAGUUUUCCAUGGCCUCCGAGAUGAACAAAGCGAUCCAGGCCCUCAAUGACCGCUGGUUCGGGGGUCGCAAAGUUGUCGCAGAAGUGUAUGACCAAGAUCGUUUCAACAGCAGUGACCUCUCUGCAUGAAGUAUCUGAAGCGGUUCACCAGCACCCAUCCCCAUACCUGUCGCCCAUUUCAGCCACAGUCACUGCAGCUAAAGAUAUGGGCCUCUGAAACUUGUAAUUAUAUUUUUAUUUUGUUCUUUUUUUAAAAAAAAAAACAUUGCUGUUGAUAUUCAUGUUGAAAGCUCCACUGAGGGGGUAUUCAUGAUAAUAUUUCUGUGUCCAAUUUUUUUUUAGUUCUUUUUUUUUUUUUUUGCUUUGUGAUCUGUGAAGACUCCCUACUGGUGCAAGUUUAAAAAAUAUUUUGUAAUCCGAUCUUGUACAACAUAUAGGUUCUCCUGGUUUAGCCCCUUUUUGUUUUCUUUCAUGAAAUUGCCGGGACAUGUAAACACUUUUCUUUCUACAAUUAAAGGUUAUUGUUUGUCCACAAAA